ACAGGCUCGUGUUAAGAUAUCUCGGUGAAGCGAGCGGUAUCAGCUGUGAAGGACAGCUGAGAAGAGUCGCUCCUACCCAAACAAAUCAGCGAAACUUUGAUUGGACUUAUCAAAAUAAUAUAUUCAAUACGUGUGUCAUUAGUCAAUCAAAUUUCGCAAGUGAUUCGAAAAUUUACAAGUAACGGUAGACUGCUCUACUCUUUUUAUUAUACAGUCGAUCGAUCGAUCGGCGGACUUAUUUUGCUCUGUUCAACAUUCUUGCGGAAAUAUGUCGAGAAAGAGGCAGUUUACCUGGCAAGAGCUUGCCAGUUUGAAUCUGGAACAUAAUGCACACAUCGCAAUUAACGGGAAGGUUUAUGAUGUGAGUAAAUUCCUUUCUCGUCACCCUGGGGGUAAAGAUGUCCUGUCUAUGGCAGCAGGGAAGGAUGUUACCAUCGUUUUUCAGUCGUAUCAUGCCUUCAGCGACGUUCCACCUAAAAUGCUAGAGAAGUUUUAUGUCGGUGAUUUACUUUCCACGCAGCAUCCUACUUUCCCAGAACCUGGGGCUUUUUACAACACAGUGAGAGAAAGGGUACGGAAACAUUUCGAGGACACAAAACAGGAUCCGAAGAACUCGGGAUGGAUGUGGUUGAGGUACUUUGUCAUCACAGCGAUGACGAUUAUUCUGUGGUUUGCUCAGAUAUUCUUGUCCGCACAAAAUUUCUUCUUGGCUUGUGUCGCGGGAUUUUUGCAUGGAUGGUUCACUGCCUUAUUGUGCAUGUUAAAUGUUCACGAUGCCAGUCAUUUUUCUGUGACAAGUAAUCCUUUUGUAUGGAGACUAGUUGGCCAUAUGCAUGACUAUAUAAAUGGAGCGUCAUACUUCGUUUGGGUACAUCAGCAUAUAUUUGGUCAUCAUCCCUUCACCAACAUCGAUGGGGUCGAUCCGGACAUCAGCACUGCAAAAAAAAAGCCAGAUAUGAGACGAAUCAAGUGGAGCCAGAAUUGGUUACCUCGGUACUUUAACCAGCAUGUAUAUAUGCCUUUAGUAUAUUGCUUGCUGGGCUUCAAGACUUAUCUUCAGGAUUUCACUACAUUUAUAUUCCUGAAAAACAGUACCAUGAGGCUCAAUCCACCCUCAAAAUCGCAUGUAAUUGUGUUUUUUAGUGGAAAACUUUUCUUUUUCAUGCAGAAAGUGAUUCUUCCCUGGAUGUUGCUAUCAUUUUGGAAAAUGGUAGCUCUCUUGUUUCUCGCUGAGAUAGCAGCAGGUUAUUGGUUGGCUCUUACAUUUCAGGCAUCUCAUGUUGUAAGCGAGGUCGAAUGGCCGCUGCCCGAUGAAAAAGGAGUAAUGAAAAGGGAUUGGGCAGAGCUUCAGAUCGAGUCAACACUGGACUAUGCAACAGACAAUUGGUUCUGGAAUGUUUUUACAGGAGCUCUCAAUCAUCAGACAGCCCACCAUCUCUUCCCUGGCAUGAGUCAGUUUUACUAUCCCCAGAUUACUCCCAUCGUCCGUGAGACGUGUAAGGAGUUUGGUGUGAGAUACAAUUACAAGGAGGGCUUCCUUCAGGCGCUUGGUGCUCAUAUUUCACAUCUGAAAGCACUUGGACAAGCGAAGGAAAAACCAGUUGUUACCAGGCCUGAUGAAAAAACGGGGUGAAGAAUGAAUGUGGGUUGUUGAGGACGAAGUGAGCCUGAGAAUGAAGUUUCCAAGUAUUAUAAUUUUUUAUUAUUAAUCUGUAUAAUCAAAAUUUUUUCCUUUCGAUUUGACAAUGUUUAGCAAGGCAAUUUAGUUUUAAAGUAGUUCUCAAUAGUGUCGAACGUGAUCCGAGAUUCUAUUGGUUUGCUUUAGUUUGCGCUGCAAUUGGUCCAGAAAACUACCGCCUUUCUCUCAACAAACCAGAUGCAAAACUCUAACGAGUUUGGUUAUUUUUACUUUGAGUUCUCAUUGACUCUUUAAAAGUACUUUCCUUUCUUCUGAUUGGCCGUUGGGAUGAUUAAUUUUGGUUUUGUGUUUUUUUUUUAACUUUCCUACCAAAAUGAAAUGAUGCAAAUAAACCGAAUGCAAACAUGGAGGACCAUACCACCACCAGUCCUAUCACACAGUCUAAUUACAAGCGUGACGCGUUUACUAUUAAUGUUAGUGCUCAAAUCGUGCUGCACAAGGCCUGAAGCUGCAAUUAAAAGAUGAAUUUUUUU